AUGUUGGGCUCCCUCACCCUCCUCCUGGCGCUGCCACUCGCCCUCGCCACCGAGCCCACCAACUGCACCCAGCUCGUCCCGGUCACCUUCGACAAUGCCACCGUCCCUCGGCUCCUGGGACACUGGGUUUACAUCGCCGGCGUCUCCCGGUACAGACCCCAUGUGGAAGAGCUGAAGGUGCUGAGAUACGCGGUUUUCACCUUCUCUCCCAGCAGCCACGAGGAUGAACUCAAUGUCACCGAAAUCAUGAGGCUGAAUGAGACAUGUGUGACGAGGAACACCAGCAAGAUCCAGAUCUUUUGGCACAACUCCACCCUGGCACACGUCGAGGGCCAGGCGUCUUCCACAGCCAAACUGAUGCAAAGCAACACAGACCUGCUGAUCCUGAAGCACCUCAAUGACAACGUCCCAACUCUGAGCAUCUCGGCACGGACAGCCAACCUGACCAAGGAGCAGACGGAGGAGUUCAAAGCCCACCUGCACUGCCUGGGCUUCACCGAGGAGGAUGUUAUUUCCACUUCUGAAGAGGUCUGA